UGUUGCUGUCGAGACACUGGAUCUAGCACCCUCUGUACAAAACGGUUUUAUUUAUCUUAGCUAACUAGGGUAUUGUUAGCUUGAGUACAUAUGUCAACUUUUUUAUUUACGUUGCAAUCGCUUUAAUAUAACGUAUAUUCUAGGCUUGGUCGCACUAUCUAACGUUAACAUCAAACUUUUUAGCUAGCUUGUUUCGAGGGCUUUUUGCUUUGCAAACUAGCCAUGGAUAACAUUAUUGAUCCAACAUCAGAACAAGGUCUCCCUCUGUUCUCCUUGCGUCUCCUGGUUCCACCUCUACGCCUGAUGUGCGCUUUCAUGUGGCAAGUGACUCAACAGCGUAAUGUGAUGCAGUAUGGGAAGCUGGAGGAAUUUGUGACUUUGGUGACAGAGAUGGUUCCAGAGCUGCUGAGCUCCAGGCAGAGGACCCAACUCAUCCUGGGACUGAGAGCAAGGAUGGUUUUAGAGUUGUGUCGCAGUGCGGGCACAGCUGACCUCCUGACCAUCCAGGCCCACCUGGACAUAAUCCACACAUUGACAGAAAAAUCUUUACACAAAGAGAGUCAUGGUGAUGAAUUGGAGGCUGCAGAUUCUAACUUUGUGGAGCUAGUCCAAACACUGCUGGGAGACCCUUCUGAGAGGGAGCAUUUCUUCCAGGAGGUGUUCUCAGUCCACUAUGGCCCUCGGUAUGACACAGCACUGCAGACACUGGUGUGGGAGUUCCUCUCCAGACUGGAAGAGCUGCUGCCUGUACCAGACCUCACGCAGACAACAGCAUGGCUCAGUGCUGCCCCCUCUGUCCUGGAGGAAUGUGGGCAGACUGUCUUUGACCCUGAACAACUGAAGACAGUGUUGCAGCACCAUCAGCAUCAUGUAAACCUGAACAAUAGUCAUGUCUCUAAUUACACCACAGAUACCAUCCUGUCCACACUGUCCCUCCCUCCAAUAAUCAGAGUUGUUAUUAACUACGAACCAGACAACUCUGACAAUGUGAGGCCAUUCUCAGAUGACGAUGAAGACCACAAUGAAAUCCUGGAUGAAGGCACUGAUAGAUGUUUGGAGGAUCUAGGACUGUCAACAUCACAGGAACAGGAAGAAUUGAACUUGGAUCAUUCUCUCAACGUAAUGGUGAAUGCUGACGAGCCAUGCCAGGUUCUUACCUGCACUCUGCCUCCAUUCUCUCACAGUGAAAUGGCCAACCUCUGCAAGGACAAUACCGACCAAGUAGAAAAGGAUAGAAAGCAGGUUGACAAGAAAGAAGAAGUGGUCAGAAAAGGGGACAAAAAGAGGGUGAUCAAACCGGUUGACAAGAAAAAAGAGGGAUCCCCUGCACCCCAGAACAGGACUCAUGUAUGUGAGUGUGGGAAGGUUUUCAAAAAACCAUCACUGCUGACGCUACAUAUGGGAGUUCACACGAUGCCAUAUCAUUGUGACCAGUGUCCCAAACGAUAUGCUACUCCUGGGGCACUGAAAAAGCACCAGCUACUUCACACAGAAGAAAGACCAUUCGCAUGUGAACACUGUGACCGGAGGUACAGGAGUGCUUACGAUCUCAAAGUGCACGUACGCAUUCACUCUGGGGAGCGCCGUCACAUGUGUACUAUUUGUAAGAAGAGGUUUGCCCAUCCAAGUACACUAGUGAGACACACGCGAAUGCAUGCUGGGGAGAAGAAUUAUUUAUGUAGCAUAUGUGGUAAGGCAUUCCUUAGCUCAGGAGAAGUGCGACUGCAUACACGAACGCACACAGGAGAAAACCCCCACACCUGUAAACAUUGUGGAAAGGGUUUCAAAGCAUCUUGCCAUCUUACGGUUCAUCUGCGAUCUCACACAGGCGAGCGUCCUUACACCUGCACCCAAUGCCCCAAAUCUUUCACUACCUCUGACUCUCUUAGAACGCACAUAUAUACACACACUGGGGAGAAACCUCACCGGUGCUCAGAGUGUGGGAAAACAUUUACUCAAAGGUGUAAUAUGGUAAAUCAUAUGAGAAGAGUUCACCGGUUAAGAUUCUCCAAAAGCAGUCCAACAGAAAGAAACACAAAGUCUCGUAAAAAUGCUUUGAGUUCGAAAGAAACUAUGUAAUAGGUAAUUCCAAUCGAAAUAUUGAUUGGAAUUAUUGAGACAAGAAAUUCCAUGUAUAAUUCUGUUUUAAAUACAUGGUUUUACAGGUCCUAUUUUGUAUAUCAGAUUAUCAUAUCAAAACAUGUUUUUCAAUAAACUUCAAAUCAAGGUUCUUCACAUCUACACAUGAUAUUUACACUGCAAAUAAUGAUUUUAGAAGUGGGAUGAUGAUGGUGACAUUUACCCAAUUUAAACUGUUUGACCAACCAGAUUCCUUAAUAACACCUGUAAGAUAUACAUAUACAAAGUGUCCCGACUACCUCCAGAGGUCUUCAGGAAGAUUUGAUCACACUCUGUUCACUAUGCGUCAAUGGAAUUGGCUACAUGAGUUUAUUUCCAAAAUGCUAUAUCCACCAAUUUUUCACAUUGGUGUUUUUUCACCUGAAAUUAUUGCAUGUGGGUACCUUCAUGUGUGUGCCAAUUCAUUGAUUUUAGGUGUAUAUUAAAACGAUUAUUUUUAAGCAAAACUAUAUAUCCAUUGUUUAGUUGAAAUGGAAUGUUUGAAUACGGUAUUUUACUGUGAUAUGUGGUGGUUGUCUCACCUAGCCAUCUUAAUAAGGGCGCUUUAACCUCUACGGGAUUGGUGUCCCUCAACCAAGACAGUUGUUGCUCAAAAUGCGAUAAUGUGACUAGAAUGAUGUUGUAAACAACAGCCAACUUUCCUGGACAUAGACUUGUUUUAUAUGGGCACUGUCCAAUUUACAGUAGCUAUUACAGCAAAAAAAAUACCAUGCAAUUGUUUGAGGAUUGUGCACAACAACAAAACACUGGUUUGGUACAUUCACCUAUGAAGGUAAAUCAUGUACUUACAUUCAGUAAUCUUGCUCUGAUUUGUCAUCCUGAGGGUCCCAGAGAUAAAAAUGUAGCAUCAUUUUUAUUUGAUAAAAUCACAUUUUAUAUUCAAAUGUAGGAACUGGGUUUUACAGUUUGACCCCACUGCUGUCUCUGGCUCCACACCCACCCCGCCCUACCAUCUAGAUGUGAAGGUUAGUGUAUGUUCUGUAGGGAAGCCAAUGAUCCAUCAUUUAUGACAUUCCUGGGAGUGUGUAAGCUAAAAACAAUUAUUACCAUAGCAUUUUUGUAUGUUCUCUAAAGUUAUGUAUUUGAAAAUGUAUACAUUGACCAAUUCGGCACAUUUGGGCAAACUCCUGGCAGAUACAAAAUAUUGUGUUGUGAUUCUUCACUGGAUCAGUCAAACUUUGCACACACUGCUGUCAUCUGGUGGACAACAUCUAAAUUACACCUAGAAUCCUAUCUCAAUGUAUGGCCUUUCUCUUGCAUUUCUCAAAGAUGAUGAAAUAUAGAAAAUGCAUGUUUUUUUGUUUGUACCAGAUCUAAUGUGUUAUAUUCUACAUUAAUUUCACAUUUCCACAAACUUCAAAGUGUUUCCUUUCAAAUGGUAUCAAUAAAAUACACAUCCUUGCUUCA